AGUUAAUUUGAUACCGAAACAAUUAAGUGCGUCGCUCGAUCUUCUCCGCUUGCUGGUCUGAAACACAGCAUCGCUUAUCAAACGAUCGAAUUGCCUUUUAAAGGUACAGCCGUUAUAAGCCUAAAAUUGUCUUGUUUGCUCAUUUCAAAUCUAUUUGGUUGACUUCACUGAGCAGAAAUUGCACCAAUUUAAACGUUGAGAAGAUGGACGUUAUAGACGAGUUUAAUCCUCAGGAAUGGAAGAUAGCAGAUGAGAAGGAAAUCGAAGGAUUCGAAGAUUACAAUUUAUUUCGAAGAAGACUCAGUCGCGUGCCAAUGGCUGAAAACAACAACUCCGGCGAGUAUUUCUACUGCAUUCAAGAUUCCACAGACAAAGUAAGAAGAGUGACUCUGAGCGGGUGCAAAGGCUCACGGGAUCCUUUAACCGGGGUGGCAAACUGCCGAUUGAAACUGGAUGAGAAGAAAGGCCACGUGAUCGGCAUUCAACUCGACUCCCAAUGCAUCGUUAAGAAGUAGAUUACGCGUGAUUAACUUCACGAAUUGUUGAGAAAUUGUUUACCUCUAGGUCAGACAGCAUUAACAACGACUUUUGGCUAAAAGUUAUAGUGAUUUAGCAAGAUAUAUCUUGAGACAUUUCUUAAUGUUUUGUCAGAAAGCACGUACUCGAUUAAAUCUUGAUUAUAAGCUUCA